AUGACGACAGCAUCGGAAUUGCUGUCGGACGACGCGCGCGCACGAUUCUCCCAUACAAAAGCAUUGUUCGAGCAACUCGAAAGACAACAGGAUGUUCCGUCUUUCUAUUCACCGCGACUACAAAGGCAACCACCGCCGCCGCCGUUGCCGCCGAAACCGUCGAGCCCAAUGUCACAGGUCGAGCGCAGUUUCUCCGACAUCGAUCGGAUCCAAUCAAGUCCAGCGACGUCGCGAUUCAACGCCACGACGUCGCCGCCGCAAAGACAAGCCUACGACAACAACAAUCAAUACACGGCGACCAACAAUAAUUUCGAGCCGUAUUGGCGGGAUGGAUCGAUCUACCGGCGACAAUUCGAAAAACCUUUCGAUGAAGCUGACACUAGUGGAUCGCCAGCGAUAACCGGCCUGAAGCAUACGACAUACGCCGUCGUCAAAACACCGAAAGAAAUGGAUGACGAGAAGGGAUUGCUCGAGACGCGACGCGGUUUGAGUCCCGAACGAUGCGAUUCCGACAAUCGCAAGGUCUCGUUCAGCACCGCGCCGAUACCUGUCUUCUCGGCGUAUUCGGUCGACGAUUACGAUCGAAAGAAUGAGGACAUUGAUCCUGUGGCGAGUUGCGCCGAGUACGAGCUUGAGCGUCGACUCGAACGAAUGGAUCUGUUUGAAGUGGAUCUUGAGAAAGGCGCCGAAGGAUUGGGAGUAUCAAUCAUUGGCAUGGGAGUCGGAGCUGACGCCGGAUUGGAGAAGCUCGGGAUCUUUGUGAAAAGCAUCACGCCGGGUGGUGCCGUUCAUCGUGACGGACGAAUUCGCGUGUGCGAUCAGAUCGUCUCGGUUGAUGGUCGAAGUCUUGUCGGCGUUUCGCAAUUGUACGCGGCCAACACAUUGAGAUCGACGAGUAAUCGAGUAGUGUUCACAAUUGGACGUGAGCCAAAUUUGGAAGAAUCGGAAGUGGCGCAGCUCAUUCAACAAAGUCUUGAGCAAGACCGCGUGCGUUUGAUGGGCGAUGAAGAGGAAGAAGAAGAGGAGGUCGACGAGCCGGAGCACACGCUCGCGCCUCCGACGAUCGACAACGAGCGUCCGACGACGUCGAUGAUCUCGAAAGAGGAGGCGGAGAUUCGCGCGAAAAUCGCCGCCCUCGAAAUGGAGCUCGAUCUCACACAGAAGAAGGCGGUCCGAAUGCACGAUGUGCUCGACUCGACGAAAUCGCACUGCGAGCAACUCGAGAAGAAGUACGAGCAGGCGAAUCAGAUGCUCAAAAACUAUCAGGAGCGCGAGAAGGAGCUGCUGAGUCGCGAGGAGAGCCACGUCGAACAGCUGCGCGACAAGGAUCUCCACUACGCGUCGCUGGUGAAGCAGCUCAAAGAGCGCAUCGACGAGCUGGAGACGAAACUCGACGAGAUGGAAGAGCGACGACACUCGAUACAGAAUCUCGAGCUUCACGAGCUUCGCGAGAAGCUCAAAGAGAAAAUGGAGAAGCGCGACGAGCGGAUGGCGUACAAACCGGGCGGCGAGUUGCCGCACGAGGACAAAGCCGUCAUGGCGAAUCUCGAUGUUGUGAACAACAAAAAGGACGCCGAGGUGUCGGUUGGCAGCAGUUGGACCGAAGAAUACUCAUCGCCGUGCGAGUCGCCGAUUCCGCGAAUCUCCGAGCCCGCCUCGCCGGCUCUUCCGCACAAAUUGAUGCACAAAAAGUUGUUAUUCCCGCUCCGCAAGAAAUACAGCGAGAAUGAGUUCUGGCGGGCGACGUGUCAGCCAGCCGGCCUACAGGCGCUUCACUGGUCCGUCGACGAUGUCUGCCAGCUGCUCGUCUCAAUGGGCCUCGACAAGUACGUGCCGGAGUUCACCAUCAACAAGGUGAACGGCGCCAAGUUUCUCGAGCUCGACGGAAACAAAUUGAAGACGAUGGGCAUCCAGAACCAUUCGGAUCGGUCACUGAUCAAGAAGAAGGUGAAAGGGAUGAAGAACAAAAUCGAACGCGAGCGGAAACAGUUGGAGCGCGAGAGUCGCACUCGCGUCAUCGCUCAUACCAUUCCAAUGUGA